AUGUUUGCCAUGUACUCAGGACGAAGUUUUUCGCAAAGUUCCAUCCCAUCGGGACCAGAUCCUCUGGAUCAACAAAACCAGGACGACGACAGAGGCCGGGGCAAUGACCAGGACCCUAAUCUCAAAUCGACGAUUCUGAAAAUGCUUGAGUCAGCGGCGACAACUUUUGCGUCAAUUGCUGUCCUAGGCAUUGCUGGGUUUUCAUACCACAAGUAUUACAAAUAUCUUAUCCUACAAAAGAUGGAAAACGCCUUUGAACCAGGUGAUCCGGCGCUUGAGGUUGCAGGGGUGGAGACUGGGAAGCAUCAGUACCACCACGACGAGCACUGGUUUGUUAGAGAUGAGCAGCCAAGGAUUGAUAAAAUCAUAUCUGGUGACAUUCCAGGCCACUACUUCUUGCUCAUUGGCGAGAAAGGCACAGGAAAAACCUCAAUGUUGCUUGAAGCCAUGCGCAAGAUCAAUGGUGAUGGAUGCGCGCUGUUCGAGGCUCACGGCGACCAGGAGAUUUUCCGAAUCCGACUAGGGAAAGCGCUGGAUUUUGAGUUUCAUGAAGAUUAUAUUGGUAGCCUGUUCAGUAUCAAAGGCCCCAGGGAUACUACGGCUCUCUUGGAUAUAGAGCGUGCAUUCAACAAACUGGAAAAAGUCGCGAUGAAGAGGAGGCACAAGGGCAAGGCACCGCUUGUUUUGAUUAUAAACAGCACUCACUUGGUGAGAGAUGACUCUGAAGGCCAAGACCUUCUCGAGAUGAUCCAACAGCGCGCGGAGCAAUGGGCAGCCAGUAAUCUCGUAACGACAGUGUUUAACAGUGAUGACUACUGGGUUUAUGAGAGACUGAAGCGCUAUGCAACAAGAAUGGAGACCAUCCCAAUUGCCGACCUCCCCAAGGGGCAGGCAAUAGCUGCUUUGAAGAAAUACCGCAAGGACUAUCUCGGUGAGCAGUUGUCGGACGAGAUUCUCGAGGAAGUAUAUAACAAGGUUGGGGGCCGACUAUCCUACCUCAGUCGGGUCGCAAAGUCGCCAGAUGUGAUGAAGCUGUGCAACAGUAUAUGCGAAGCUGAAAAGACCUGGUUCCUAAACAAAUGCUGGAUCCUGGGUGAAGAGAUGGAUGACGACGUCAUGGACCAGCAGAAGUAUUCUUCGGCAGCCAUGGUGAUGGCCAGAGCUUUGGUGGAGAAAGAAAAGACGAUGGAGAAAAUUUAUGACCCUGAACGUGGCCAUAUACUUCCCGAGAUAUCCCUUCACGAAGCACGUCAGAUUAUGACGCGCGCCGACUUUAUUCAGAGUUAUGAUCACGAGAAUCUAUUUACCAUUGACUCUAGGGCUAUGGUCCGAGCCGACUCUGUGCCCAUGCAAAAUGCCUUUCGCCAGAUUUGCUCUCAGCCCGGAUUUGACGAGCAUCUGGAAAGCACACUGGAUCGUAUCAGUGCUAUUGAGAGCUUGGGCCGCACACGAGAGCUUACGAUCAAGGAUCUCUGGGAUAAAGGAAAGUAUCAGGUCGCGAUGAGGGACACUAGGGGACGCGAGCAGGGAACCAUUGAAUUCUUCACCAAACCGACGGAGAAAGAGGAUGAUGAUUGA